UCCUUGAAGGCAGCAGUACCCUGGUCUGACCGGGUCUGGACUCUGGAAGUUUGGACUACGUCAACAGGAGAGUGGAAACCGUCCCAGCCCUCAGAGGAGCUGAGCAGAGGCGGCGCGCUGCGAUCACUCCGAAACAUCCCCAAAUGUCGACGGAAGAAAACGAGUCGGUGCGUCUUUGAGCGUUUUUUUUUUCUCCUCCUGCAGGUGGUCAUGUUGUUUCCGCGCGUAAAGACGCACUGAAGAACAAUUAAAAACGGUCUUUGACGCGUUUUCUUGACCAUCCGAAGCGGCGCAAGAUGUUGGCGAGAAAAAGCAUCAUCCCGGAGGAGUUCGGUCUGCCGGGGCUCGCCUCCCGGAUGCCCCGCAAACCGGUGUUCAGGGACCGCGUGAACAAAGCGCGCUUCAUCGCCAAAAACGGCUCGUGCAACUUGGCGCACAAGAACAUCCGCGAGCAGGGCAGAUUCCUGCAGGACGUUUUCACCACGCUGGUCGACCUUAAAUGGCGUUUUACGCUGGUUAUCUUCACCACGACGUUUGUCAGCAGUUGGCUGCUGUUCGCCAUGAGCUGGUGGCUGGUGGCGUUUGCGCACGGAGACCUGGACCCGAAGCGGGAGAACGAGACCUACUGCGUCAACGAGGUCAAGUCGUUCACCUCAGCCUUCCUGUUCUCCAUCGAGGUUCAGGUGACCAUCGGCUUCGGGGGACGGAUGAUAACCGAACAGUGUCCGACCGCGAUCACCGUGCUCAUCCUGCAGAACAUCGUGGGACUCAUCAUCAAUGCUGUCAUGCUGGGUUGUAUCUUCAUGAAGACGGCUCAGUCCAACCGUCGCGCGGAGACGCUGAUCUUCAGCCGUCACGCCGUGAUCGCCGUCAGAAACAACCGUCUGUGUUUCAUGAUCCGUAUCGGGGAUCUCAGGAAGAGCAUGAUCAUAGGAGCGACCGUCAGGUUACAGGUGGUGAGAAAGACAACGACACCAGAGGGGGAGGUGAUCCCCAUCCAUCAGAUCGACGUCCAGACUGAGAGCGCCGUGGCCAGCAACAGCCUGUUCCUCCUCGCCCCGCUCAUCAUCUGCCACGUUAUUGACAAAAACAGUCCGCUGUACGACCUGUCCGCCAUGGAGCUGCAGUGCAGCGACCUGGAGGUGAUCGUCAUCCUGGAGGGCGUGGUGGAGACGACGGGGAUCACCACACAGGCCAGGACCUCCUACGUCUCCGAGGAGAUCCAGUGGGGUCACCGUUUCGUUCCCAUAGUAACGGAGGAGGAGGGCGUGUACUCUGUGGACUACUCCAAGUUUGGAAACACAGUCAAGGUAGCCACGCCGCGCUGCAGCGCCAGAGAACUGGACGAGAAGCCGUCGAUCUUAAUCCAGACGCUCCAGAAAAGCGAGCUGUCGCACCAGAACUCGCUGCGCAAGCGUAACUCCAUGCGGCGCAACAACUCCAUUCGUAAAGGCGGAGGAAGCAGCGGGAGCCUGCGCAGGAACAACUCGGGGCUCGUCUCACCCAAAGUCCAGUUCUUCACCCCCGGCGACGGAGGCCAAACCCUGAACGCCGUCACCUGACAUGAGGCCUGCCUCCUACUGGCUGCCCUGGUCCUCCUGGUGGGAAGGAGGAUCGUGGGUGUUGGUGUGUCUCCUGCUCUGAUGGGACUCGUUGUUUUUCUGUUCCCUGCAUUCUCUCAACUUAUCUCUCAACACUUUUACGGCUGAUGUUACUUCAUGUUUACAUACGUGGAGUAAAAAGUAUUUCUUAUUCAGACUGAACUGCUCAAAUCACUGACAUGCUGCAGUCUAGCACUGAUACAACCACCGAGACUAUAAAUAUACAACCAGUUUGGCCUCUUGUGUCUCCACAGACACAUUAUCGGGCCCCGAUGCACAGACACGAAACGUCAUCCACUCCUACUUCCUUCAACACCACAUGCAGGUGAUAUUUUCUCAAAGCCAAUAAGUGACAAGUUAAAUUCAUUUACAUUGUACAAAAUCACCAACAUGCCUCAGACGGCUUUAUGAUUUAUACAAUAAACAAGAACCUCGAGAAGAUAAAACUCUGCUGCAGGUAAACAAGCAAACUUUAAUGUAGGUUAGUGUUCAAACAGUCGAUUAUUAUCAUUUAUUCCCAUUUAUUACCAGAAAAUUAAGUUAGAUAAUUAGUUUGGGUCGUCAUCACGUGCUGGAACAUUUUUGGUUUCAGCAGCUUCUCAGAUAUGACGAUCCUUGUAAACUGAAAAUAUUUGUUUGUUUGUUUUUUUACUGUUGAUUGGAAAAAAACAAGAAAUUUGAAGACUUCACACUGGGUUCUGGGAACCUGUGAUUGACAAUUUUAGAUAAUUUUCUGAUAUUUUGUAGAGUAAACAAUUAAUCAUUGACUGAAAUACAGGAUUAGUCGAUUAAUCGAUCAG